CAUUAUACUUGGUUGUCCGUUUCUCUCUCGGGCCAGCCAGAGCCAGUGGCCUUCACCAAGUUCACCUCCUUAGCUCCCACCCAUUUUAGUCAUCUUCUCGACUUCCAUCUCCUCUCUUUUUCUUUUCCCCUUUGUCCAGUUUGCAUGCUCUGCUGUUUGGAUUUGCUAGUUCUCUGCUAAGCUAUGGUGGUCUUCAACGCACUCAUGCGAUCCACUCUCAAUGCUCGGCUUGGCUCAUAUGUGAAGCAUGUUGCUGGCAAGGGACCAUCACAGACCUACAUUCCAUCAGUGGCUAGAUUGUACAGCAAAGAAGCAUAUCUGAUUAAGGACGAUGUUUCAGAUGGUAGCAAAAGUUUCAAGGGGCAUGAUAUGCUGGCUCCUUUCACAGCUGGGUGGCAGACAACUGAAGCAAACCCUUUGGUCAUUGACAAGUCCGAGGGUUGCUACGUGUAUGAUGCUGAUGGGAAGAAGUACAUCGAUUCUCUUGCCGGUCUCUGGUGUACUGCUUUAGGUGGCAACGAGCCACGUCUUGUUGAAGCUGCAAUGAAGCAACUGAAUACCUUGCCAUUUUACCAUUCGUUUUGGAAUCGUACAACAAAGCCUUCUCUGGAUCUUGCGAAGGAUCUUCUCGAAAUGUUCACUGCAAAUAAAAUGGAAAAAGCUUUCUUCACUAAUGGUGGAUCAGAUGCCAAUGACACACAGGUGAAGCUGGUGUGGUAUUAUUAUAAUGCUCUUGGCAAACCAGAAAAGAAGAAGUUUAUUGCUCGAAAUAAAUCGUAUCACGGCUCAACCUUGAUUUCAGCCAGUCUUUCUGGCCUUCCACCUAUGCAUAAUAAUUUUGAUCUUCCAGCACCAUUUGUGCUGCACACUGACUGUCCACACUACUGGCGUUUUCAUCUUGAAGGUUCCUCCCUCCCCGCCUCUUUUACUUUCGAGUUCCAUAACUAACAACCAGCAGCUCUUUAAGUACAACUUCUUGGUAUGCAUAUUUCAGGUGAGUCAGAGGAGGAUUUCGCAACCAGAUUAGCCAAGAAUUUAGAGGAGCUUAUCCUGAAAGAGGGACCUGAAACGAUUGCUGCAUUUAUUGCUGAGCCAGUCAUGGGUGCCGGAGGCGUGAUACCCCCUCCUGCAACUUACUUUGAGAAGAUUCAGGCAGUGGUGAAGAAAUAUGAUAUUCUAUUCAUUGCAGAUGAGGUAAUCUGUGCCUUUGGAAGGCUUGGAACAAUGUUCGGGUGUGACAAGUACAACAUUAAACCAGACCUUGUAACUUUGGCUAAGGCUCUUUCGUCAGCAUACAUGCCAAUCGGAGCAGUUCUUGUGAGCCCUGAAAUAAAUGAAGUGAUUUACUCCCAAAGCAACAAACUUGGUACAUUUUCUCAUGGAUUUACUUACUCUGGCCAUCCUGUUGCAUGUGCUGUGGCCAUUGAAGCCCUCAAGAUAUACAAGGAAAGAGAUAUUCCUGGGCAUGUGAGCAGCAUUGCACCAAGGUUCCAAGAUGGCCUUAAAGCCUUCUCUGACAGUCCUAUCAUAGGAGAGAUCCGCGGAACUGGCUUCAUUCUUGGCACUGAGUUCACCGACAACAAGUCCCCUAACAGCCCGUUUCCUGCUGAUUGGGGCAAGUUCUUAUAUAUUCCUCACAGCCGGGAUCAUAUUCAUUUGUAGCAGUUGCAAUGCACGAUAAACAACAUGGUUUGUGCUUUUGUUAACAACAAGGGUUGCUCUCUUUUUUUAUGUGAAUCGGGAAUUUCGUUGCAGGAGUAGGAGCGUACUUUGGAGCAGAAUGCCAGAAGCUCGGGAUGUUGGUUCGUAUAGCAGGAGACACCAUCAUGAUGUCUCCACCUCUGAUCAUGGGCACUGAACACGUAGACGAGAUCAUUAGCAAGUACGGGAAGGCGCUGAGAGCCACCGAGGAGAGGGUAAAGGAGCUGAAAUCUAAGCACAGCAAGUGAUAGAUGAUGUCGAAAAAAUUUGUGUUCAGUUCUCUAUCUUCGGAGGUUGUAAAGAGAAGCCUUAUUUUCAGCAUGGUGCAUUGUUAAUAGAUCACAUUGGCAGAAUGAAUAAAGCACAUUAGUAAUUAGUGCUUUAAUGGGAUUAAUCAGCUAUAUUCGGAAUCCUAACAGUUUUCGUCUUUUCGACGUAAUAGAAACAAACAACAGUUUCUCUGACAUCCGGCCAGUGGCAGCAACGGACGGCGGCAGCUGCCCGGAGCUGAAAGAUG